AUGCGAGCAGUCAGGGACCAAUCGCCUCCCACAGGGGAGAAGACGCCCGUCCUUCCCUGUGAUGAAGAAUCAUCUUUUGCCUCCGUAGACGAUGUAUUCUUCUUUUGCGAGCAGCAGCAACAGCAGCAAGUUGUAUGCCAGGAAACUCAUCGCCCUGGAUCCUUCAAGAAAACGCGAUCCAAAGACGAGAAUCCAAAUGCUGAAGAUAAUUCGAAAAAGUGUAGCGUAAGAUCGGAGAGUAAGAAUUUUAAGAAAGAUUUCUCCACGAACGCAAAGGACAAAGGGCAGAGCAAGGUCGUCACUGACGAAAAGAAAGUAACCGAUUGCCACGAUUUUCGAUUUAACCGUACCGACAAAGUUACCAAGAAAUAUACUUACCUGCCGAAAAAUUUGAAGAACCCUUUUGCUCAGAACCAGAAAAAUAUCGUUCACAGAAGCUUGAAGAACUCGUUCGGUCAGAAUCACAAGAAGACAGACAGCCAAAGAGCUCACACGACCUUGAUCGAUAUACUAGUAGAAGACUGCCGACAAUGCGCGAUCGGAGAAAAGUCGGUCGCAUCGUUUUCCAAUGCUUCCGGUGAUGUUAAAAGGGAUAUUACGGAUUGUAGAGGUACUCUCACUCAGCCCACAGCUGAGAAAAAGUCUCCAGGAUCUCGAUUCAAGUACAAUUGCAUAGAGUCGACGUUGGAGCUGAAUAGUGCUAACAAAAACAAUGGACAACGUUAUUACAACAAAAUCUCGAUCGUAGACAAUAUAACGAAGUGUAAGAAGUCCGAUGAGGUACACACGGAAACCACCAAGAAAUUUUUCUGGGGUUGCACGUGUACCAAGAUGAGGAGGAAGGGUCUGGAGAAGUGUAAGGAACAGGAAAAGAGUGACUCUAUUGAGAGCUUUGACUCUUACAACGAUGCCAAGCAAUUAAAAAAGAAGAAACCUGCUUGUAGCCCAUUGAAAAAACUCGGCCGAUCGUCCCUAACGGUAGGUUCGGACAAGAUCGCGAUAAAUCUGCCAAAAUAUUCCCCUUGCGCGAGCAGGUUAGCCGCGGGUUCAAAAAUCUUAUCAUCCGACUUAGCGGCGGAUCCGGAUAGUCCGCUUCACGUUCCACGCUCGAGAAGUCCGUCUAAUGUCGACAUACAGCAAACCGAGAAUUCUGCGAAACCCUCGGAGAGAACGUCGAUGCAGGCUAGCCUGUCAUUGAACAUACAACAGUUUCAAAGGAGCCGAUAUACGCCACGUAGCAGGAGCGUAGGCGACAGCUGUGUAACAUCACCUACCAGCGAAGCGACCACUGUCAGUUAUUCGCCCACCGGAACGGAAAUAUUGUCUCUAGAAGAAGUUGGACCACAUACGUCGUCGGCCGAAGGCUCGGUCAGUUAUUCGGAGGUUAAGGAGAAAUUGGAAGUCGUCGAGUGUUCUGACAAAGUCAACAGAAGAACGACUCUGGAGACGAAGUGUUAAUGAAGCGGGCUAUUCGUGACAACACAACGUUGUGAUUAGCNUCUCUCUCUCUCUCUCUCUCUCUCUCUCUCUCUCUCUCUCUCUCUCUCUCUUCCACGUAUAUACGUCUCUUUUAUGAAGGAAAGGAUCACAGUCUUGUAUAACCUGCGUUCGUCGUAACCCGCUUGGGCUGUAAUGUGUUAGUGAGAAAUUAUACACACAGGCGACUAUAUACAACAGGCGUUUAUAAGAUUUACUAUAUUUCUAGAAAUGUGAAAUAUAUAUAUAUACAUAUAUGUGUGUGUGCGCGUGUGUGUGUACAUAUAUAUAUGUAUAUAUAUGUGUGUGUGUGUGUGUGUGUGUAUAUUCAAAGCAUAACGCUCGUAUGUAAGGAGAAUGUAUCAAACUAAACAGGGAAAUUAUGUGCCAUUUUGCAUAUUUCGCAAUAAUUAUUAAAGAAUUAAACAAUAUGAGGCACAUUUUUUUGUCACAUGGCUCAAUGUCGUAUGCAACUCAUUAUGUUACUCCGCCUCUCAUCACAAUUGUUCAGAGAAAAGGUAAGAUAUCUUACAAAUUGGUAGCCAUUUUCUUUUAGACGUGCUUAGCGAAUCCGUCCUACCAUUUUCCAUGCGCUUAUUUGCUCAUAUUGUUUAAUUUCUUAAUAAUUAUUGUGGAAUUUGCAAAAUGAUACAUGAUUUCCUUGUUCAAUUUAUUCCGUCCUACUUUUACGCGAGCAUUAUAUUUUGAAUUGUCAGACACCUUGUGUCUACACCCUGUAUAUACACACAUAUAUACGCAUGCAUAUAUAUAUAAACACACAUACAUAGGGUGUCUGGACUUAGCGGUCGAAAUACUCGUAAGUAGAACUUGUUGAACUCAAUAGAAAAAUCCCCCACUUUGCAAAUUAUUUUUCAUCUUGCAAACUAUCACGAUUAUUGAUAUUGAUUAAAGAAAGUCGGUGAAUUAUUUAUUGAUCAAUUUUCUUCUAUUGAUAUCUUAAUAAUUAUCGCGAUAGUUUUUAAAAUAAGAAGGAUUUCUCUACUCGGUUUAACGAAUUCUACUAUCUACGAGCAUUCUAAUAAGAGUUCAGACAUCCUGUAUAUGGGACAUAUAUGUGCAUAUAUGAGUAUACAUAUGUGUGUGUGCGUGCGUUCGUGCGUGCGUGCGUGUGUUCACGCGCGCGCACGUAUAUGUAUGUGUGUGUACACACGACAUACACACUUAUGCAUACUGAAUAUUCUUACUUACAUAUACACACACACAUUUACGUGCACGCAUGCGACGUAGACGCGCAGAUGUUAUUAAGAACCGUUUUUGCAGAAUAGCUUGCAAAACGUUGUUGCAACAAAUGCGUCGAAUAUUAUUAUUUUUAUUAUCCUCCUUAAAGUUAGGGAAUAUCGUUGGAAUAGUUCGCACAUGUCGCUAUAUUAGUUUGUUUCGGAGAAAUGUUAAGCAGGUGUUGGUAAUGUGCAGUAACUUUGCGCAAAGGUAUCUGGCUGAAUCUCCGUAUUUUCCUCAUUUAUGCGAUUGAUAUUGUCAUUUUUUUCUUAAGAAUCGAGCCUUUAAAAACUCUGAUAUCGAACUUAUUGAUCAGUAUAGUUUUUGUAAAAGCAUUUUACGGCAUUACGUUACUUCUUGUCCGUUUUUGUUCAAUUGAGGUAGAUUUUCAGAGGGAUUUGAGUUUUUAUUUUGUACUUUACGCAUAUCACACAUUCCAGCAUAGUUCGAUCUCGUGAGAAAUCAAGUUCAGCAUGAGUAGUUGUAUUUUUUGAAGUUGUAUGUUUUCGCAAGCAAUUCGUAUCGUCGACAUCAAUGACGACGGACGACAGUCGUAAUGAUAACAAGGACAAUUUUUAUGUCUGUGGCGAAUACGUGUGUGCGUGUGCGUAUGUGUGUGUGUGUGUGUGUGGGUGCGCGUGUGUGUGUGUGUGCGUGCGUUCGUUCGUGCGUGCGUGCGGGCACGGGGAGAAUUUGGAAAUCUUCCAAAGUAGUAAAAAUGUAGCUCGCAAUGACACGCAUGAAAACAACGAGCAGGGAUAAAAUUGGUGACGAGUGAUCUUGCCCCCGCAAGUCGGAUCUUGUCGGGAGCCUAAUUACCAGAACGGAAAUCCUGUAAGCAACAAUAAGAAUGCAAAUAGCUAGGGACAAUAUUACUGCCAAACUUGACUAUGAAUUAGUUAAUUUCUAAAGAAGUGAUGCGUGCGGAAGACCUCGUCUAUAUAGGUACGUUUCUCGUUAGUAUUUUUAUAUCUCGAUAUAAUGUAAAUACAGUACAGUUAAACCUUUUUCUUUAUCAACGUAUGCGACAAUGUGGGGCGUUUCGCGCCGGAUAUCCACCGAUGUGAAGUAACGUGCUGCGAAACGCAUGCCCUCUUGCGUAAAAAAAAGAAAGCAAUUUUGCUAUUUCUACAGCAAGAUUGUUGAUAUUUUUUACCGAUAGUCAAAAUUGUUUAUUGGAUACCGCCGAUGUCAGUGUUGUGCGAAAUGGAAAUUUUAAGGCGAGUUAAAGUACCAAUUUUACGUAUUUACGAGAUAAGGAGUUGAGUAAGUAAGUAAACAAGCCGGUUUUUACCGUUCAGGCUGUUUGUGCCACAAUAUAUACCCUCGCAUCUCGUUGGAAAUAUUAAAAACAGAAGUGCAAUGAGGUAUAACAAACGUAAUGAAGAACGUAAGAAGAAAAUAAGCAAAUUAGUUAUAAAACGUUUAAAAACAAAAGUAAGCAAGCAAGGCUUCACUAUGCUUUGCACAGCGUUCUCACGAUAAGGCUUUAUUUUACACGUACACGGCGAUACAAGUGUUCGUGGUAGAUCCUGACGGGGACACACACUCCACCGACAGUAGAGCUAAUGUCUCAAAUGUCGCAUUGAAUGAAACCGAGCAAAUGGUAGCGAGCGACAAAUAACACAACCUGAUGAGCGAAACGAAAUGUACCGAGAAAUAUUUCGGACUUAUUUAGAUAAAUCUAGAUUUAAUUUCUUUCUAUGGCGAAGAUAACAUGAACAUUUGAACAUAUUGUGUAUCUUUUUUUAUGUUCGAAAUUAAUUCCGCAGUUGGUUGAUAGACAAUCCUGCGAAUUUGAAACAAUUGGCAGAAACGACGAAUAUACUAGGCUCUGUAGAGAAUUAAUUUCACAUACACGGAGGAAAAAGAUUGGUUAAAAGAAAAAAAGAGGAUUGAAUUAACUGACUGAUCAAUUAAAGCUUUGGAGUAAUCGCUGCGGCUAUAUUGGAUUUCGUGACAUCAUAGGCGAAAAAUGAUAUGUUUAAAAAUAUUGCGUGCUAUUUGCAAAUAAAGAAGUAUUUGGAUAAAACAACGCUUGAGGUCGUUUAAAAACUUUUGUGAAAAUGGAUGAAAACUUUCCUUUUCCUUCCUGACAGUCAAUAAAUGAACAUAAAAGGCACGUGAAAUAAGGCCCUGUUCAUGUGAAAAACACACGAUUUCAUAUUUGAAAGAAGUGGAAAAUAUGCUUCCAUGUAUCAAAUUUCAAGCUAAUCUUAGAUUUCGUCCAUUUUUACGGGUUUAAUAAGUAUGUUACAAGGCACAUCUGCAUAGUUAUGUAAAUAAUAAGAAAAUAGCACGCAAUACAAAAUUUCGUCGUCAACACACUACUCUUCACUCAUAUAAGUGCGGUCUGGCAAGCGUUACAAAUACUUCGAAGCGUUUCUCAUUCUUUUCCUUCCUUUCCUCGAAACCAAAAGAUAAAUGAAAAAGGAGAAACGCUUCGAAAUAUUUGUAGCGCUUGCUAAACCGUACUCUAUUAUUCCAUCUUUUGUCGUUCUGAAUUGUGUUACUACUGUUAACGCGGAGUUCUUGGCUGAAUAUUUCGGAGCGUUAAAUGAAGGAAACAGAAUUUCUGGUCGUAAGAAUCGAAUUUAGAGUUCAUAAGAAUUAUAUAUAGGAUAUUAAUAGAAAAUUUCUGUUUUAACAAAAACCCGUUUGGUUCAUUUAUUGUCGCGUUAAUUCGACUAAUCUUUUUUCUCUGUAUAUCAUCGAAAAAAUAAAAAAUUCGCCGUAAAUUUAUUCUCAUCAUAGACGUCGAAUUACACGCGUUAAAAAAAUUGUGCAAAAAUAUAUGCGUUUCAAGAGCUAAAGGUCAAAGUUGAAAUAUACUUCGAAAUUUUUAAUAUAUAUAUUGGCUGCAUUUAUCAGAAAAAGUAGCUAGUAAGUACUUUCCGCUGCGCUUUGCAAUUGUUGUAAAAUUUCUGCUGAACGACACUUAGCAAUUUACGCUGCUCUAACAUGUUUACUAAAUGAUCCAGUGUAUUAAAAAUAUGCUAGGGAAAAUGGCGAUCGCUUAGCAAAUAUGUUGAAAAAGCCUUAAUCGUUGGUGUUGUUCAGCAGAAAAUCUUAUAACAAUUGCAAAGCUGCUAGCAGCGAGGCGCAAAGAGCUUACUAAGCUGCUUUUUCUGCUGAACGCAACUUAUAUUUACGGUUAAAUUGCAUCUAGAAAUUUUGAUUGAUUCAAAUAUUUCUGAAAAAAUUCCAUUGCAAAAUUGCCGAAAACAUUCCUUAUAUAUUAUACAACGUAUCCAACGCAAGGCGUGCCAAACCAUAUAGAAUGUAUGUAACAGAUCAAGCUGAGAAGUAGGACCGAUAUCAUUUUGUGAAAUACUAGAUAAUUUAUGAAUUAUUAAUGAAAAUGGAUAAGUGAAUCUGCGCGCGUGAUACAGUGGACGCACCGCCACACAACUUGAUUCGACGCGAUCGGCAUGGAAAAUGGCUGAUCGCGCAACUAUCUAUUAGCAAUGGUGAGUAUCAGAUGGCAACAGAAGGCGGAAAAAUGAUCUGAGCGGCUCGUGGACGAUUGUUUGUCAACGUGCCACCCGCGUAUCGUCGUGACGCGUCAGGCGCAUCGAUUCAUGCGGCAGUCCGCUCACCAUAUCGAGUACGCUGAUUCGCCUAUUUAUUUUUGUUAAUAACUCGAAAUUUUACGUAAUAUUUUACAAAAUAAUAUCAGUCCUAUUUCUUAGUUUAAUAUGUUGUACAGUAGACUCCCGUAUAACGCGGUUAAUAAGUUACGCGCUAUAUGAAUUCGCGUUAUAGGAAAUCAUGCUGUACGGGAAUUUUUCUCGCAUAACGCGUAUAAUCUAAAGUAACACGUUUGAAAUGAUUAUUGCUAUGCCAACCAAAAAACCUUUUAUUUCAUUGAAAUUUAAUAAAGAUAUAAUUAUACAAAUUUAUAUUUUGUUUUAAAAAAUUUUUUUUAAUUGAAAACUUCGUUAUCGUUAUAUUAAGAGUGACCGCGUCAAAAAACAAAACAACGAUGAAACAGAAGAAGUCGAUGCGUUGUACGAAGAAUCGUUUUAUAUGAAAACAGUAGUCGUAAUAUCUUUGGCGUGUUUUAGGAAUUCACGUUGUAAGAACUCGCGUUAUACGGGAGUCUAUUGUUAUGUUUUGUGUGGUUUGACACGCCUCGCGUCGGACACUAAACAUGGAGUGUAGUAUUUCAAAUGUAAUGAGAGAAGGAGAGAAAGAGAAAAAACGUGAAUAUGUCGUAAAAAUUUUUAUUCUAAACAGAAUGUUAAAGUAAAAAUCAUAGGGGACACAUAGCGACUGUAAUAGCUUCAUGGAUGAUAGUUUAUCAUGGAUAACAUUCUUCCCACAGAAUAACAGGCUAAUUAACGCGUUUUUAUAGAAAACACGGUCUUUUUUCUAAGUUACUUUUUCUAAGUUGCUUUUUUAGGGUUUGUAUAAAAGAAAUUCUCUCUAUUCUAAGAGCGAGGAUUAAAAUUUGGUCUCUUCCGCUAGCUAUAUUGGUUUUGUGACAUCAUAGGCGAGAAAUGACAUACAGUCAAUUUCUUGCAAUAUGCAGCUUAAUUUUCCUUGAAAAACAAUGAUUUUGUAAUCUUGAAACCUGUAAAAUGUGCAGAAAAUUGAGAUAUCUAGCUGAUAUGUCACGUAGAAUCGUAAAAAAUUCUUCAAAUAACGAAUCAUUUUUCAGCCAUAUUCGGGCGGUCGUAAUAGCUGAAAAAUGAACUGUUAUUUCAAGAAUUAUUUUGUGUUUCUACAUGACAUAUCGGCCAGAUAUCCAAGUUUUUUGCACAUUUUACAGGUUUCAAGAUUACGAAAUCAUUGUGUUUUUUGGAGGAAAUUAAAAAAUAAAGCUACAUGUUGAAAGCAACUUACUGCAUGUCAUUUCUCGCCUAUGAUGUCACAAAACCAAUAUAACUAGCAGAGGGAACCGAGUUUUAAACGAAAUUUAUACUAGUUUUCUCGAUAUUCGUUUAAAUUCUAACCAUUAAAAAUUUCUAUAUUCUUUUAAUGUCGUAUGUUAAUAGAAGCUGCUUGUGAAUGUCUAAUUUUGUUAUAUUUGUUGUUCUUGAAUACAUUUAGAUUAAAAGAUC